AUGACGCGACGCGCGGACGACCUCGCGGCGCACCGCGCGACGCUCGGGAUCGACCACCCCGAGCGCGCGUGCUCGAGCGAGGAGGUGCGACGGGCGUUCACGCGCGCGGCGCGACGUUUUCACCCCGAUGUCGGUCGCGAGCGCUGCGGGGGGCGAUUUCGUGACGCGGUGCGCGCGAGGGACGCGUUGUUAGCGCGCGAUGGGAUGGGUGGGGGACGAACGUUCGUAAGCGCGGUGUCCAGACGGGGGGGGGGGAACUGGGCGUACGCGGGGGUGAUGGCGACGCCGUUCUUCAUCGCGGCGCUCGUGAGCGUGGCGCUGCCGAAAUCGACCGAGGGCGCGCGCGCGGGGAUGGGUCGCGUGCACGGGGCGCUGAACCCGCCGGUGAACGAGUGGUUGAAGGAUGAUUUGCGCGAGUACGGCGAUGGGAAUAAGGAGCGGUUCUGGGUGAGCGGUAGGGUGAACCCGAAGAGUGGGACGGAGCGGGAGCGAGCGCGCCGCGGCUAG